UUUAUCACACUGAGAUUUUAGUAUGAUAUGUACUGAAGACGUUUGGCAAUGCUUUGUAGGUUCUUGGACUUGAGGUGAAUGGCAGUCACAGACACCCAGAAUCCUUUAGUUGCAGAAAUGACCUGCAGUACUUUGCUGCAGAAGCUUCAGGAAAUUUGGGAUGAAGUUGGUGAAAGCGAUGAGGAGAGGGAUAAGAUGCUUCUCCAAAUAGAACAAGAGUGCUUGGAUGUUUACAAGAAGAAAGUUGAACUGGCAGCAAUGUCAAGGGCUCAGCUUCUACAAGCUCUGUCAGAUGCCAAAAUAGAGCUUUCAACUCUCUUAUCUGCCCUUGGGGAUAAAAGUUCUGUUGGAACUCCUGAGAAGACUUCUGGAACAAUCAAGGAGCAACUUGAAGCUAUAGCACCAGCUCUUGAACAGUUGUGGAAACAGAAAGAAGAGAGAGUGAGGGAAUUCUCCGAUGUGCAAUCACAGAUACAAAAGAUUUGUGGUGAAAUUUCUGGGAGCUUGAGCACUAAUGAGACUCCUGUGGUUGAUGAAUCUGAUCUUUCCUUGAAGAAGUUGGAUGAGUACAAUGCUCACCUUCAGGAACUUCAGAAGGAGAAGAGUGAGAGACUGCACAAGGUGCUUGAAUUUGUGAGCAGUGUACAUGAUCUAUGUGCUGUCCUUGGUUUGGACUUCUUUAGCACUGUAACUGAUGUUCAUCCCAGCUUGAACGAAUCUACUGGUGUUCAAUCCAAAAGCAUUAGCAAUGAUACAUUGGCAAGGUUGGCUAGAACAGUCCUGGAGCUGAAGGAAGAUAAGAAACAGAGGCUCCACAAGCUUCAAGAGCUAGCGACUCAAUUGAUUGAUCUGUGGAACCUGAUGGACACUCCGGAUGAUGAAAGGAAAUUGUUUGACCAUGUUACGUGCAACAUAUCGUCUUCAGUUGAUGAAGUUUAUGUGCCUGGUUCUCUUGCCCUAGAUCUCAUUGAGCAGGCUGAAGUUGAAGUUGAAAGGCUUGAUCAGCUAAAAUCCAGCAGGAUGAAAGAAAUAGCCUUCAAAAAGCAAUCAGAACUUGAAGAGAUAUUUGCCCAUGCUCAUGUAGAGAUUGAUCCAGAGUCCGCUCGGGAAAAAAUCAUGGCAUUGAUAGAUUCUGGGAAUGUAGAGCCUGCUGAGUUACUAGCCGACAUGGAUAGUCAAAUAUCAAAGGCCAAAGAUGAAGCUCUUAGCAGAAAGGACAUUCUGGACAAGGUGGAGAAAUGGAUGUCUGCAUGUGAAGAAGAAAGCUGGCUGGAAGACUACAAUCGGGAUGAUAACAGGUAUAAUGCAAGUAGAGGUGCACAUUUGAAUCUCAAGCGAGCAGAAAAAGCCAGAAUUCUGGUCAACAAAAUUCCAGCCCUAGUUGAUACCUUGGUUGCCAAAACUCGGGCAUGGGAAGAGGAACGGGGCUUGCAAUUUACAUAUGAUGGCGUUCCUCUACUUGCCAUGCUUGAUGAAUACGCCAUGCUUAGGCAGGAAAGGGAAGAGGAGAAGCGGAGGAUGAGAGAUCAGAAGAAGCAUCAUGAGCUGCAAAACACAGAGCAAGAAGCCAUCUUCGGUUCGAGGCCUAGUCCAGCCCGACCGGCUGGUCCCAAGAAGGUGGUUGGACCGAGAGCAAAUGGAGGAGGCUCGAAUAAUGGAACUCCGAACAGGCGUCUGUCUUUGAACACUCCUCAGAAUGGCAGCAGAUCGGCAAGUAAAGAGAGAAGGGAGGCGAGGCUUUCUGCUCCUACUAAUUACGUUGCUAUAUCGAAGGAGGAUGCUGCCUCCCAGGUCUCUGGUACUGAACCGGUUCCCGCUUCACCAUAGUGGAGCUGAAGAUUGAAACGAAGAACGAGAGCGAAAGAUGUAGGCUUUAUACCAUUUGCACAACAUUAAUGUUGUUAUUAGUACUAGUUGUAGUUCGUUGUUGUAGUGGUAUAGAUGUGAAGGAGACAUGAGAAACCGGAGUGUUUAAGAAUGUAGUAGCUGUCUGCCCCCCUGGUCUUGUGUAUUUUUGCCGGUUUGGAGUUUUUCUUUUAGUCUGCUGCAAAUCAUAUGUUGAGGAUCUCUUCUGCCUGAAUCCCUUUGCACUGUUACUUUCCUAGCAACUAAUGUUCUCUCCAACUUGCCCAUUGAAUCAAAAUUCAAGGUAAGUUUUAAACAACAAAA